UCGCUCGCUCUCUUGCUCUCCCUCCCUCGCAUCGCACGCUGUUAUGUCUUUCCUCUGAUGCGACGAGACCGGCACCAUCGCCACCCCCUCCGACUUCGUUAGCCAAGCUGUCAUCCCGGGCCUGCUUCGGGGCGCUCUGAGCAGUGGAGGAAUUGGGAGGUGUUUAUUCAGGUGCCUGGCUAGCCUGUGUGGGAUUCGGAGUGGUGAGGCACGAGGGUGCUGACCGAGGACGGACAGGAAUGGCUGUGGCAGGGUUAAAGCGAAUGGAGGCAGCGCUGGGUGCGUGGAUGGGUGAGUAGGACCCUUCGCUUCCCAGAUGCUCGCUCUCCCAAGUCCUCCCUUUUGCUGCGGGGUGAUUCUCAUGGUGUUGAGUGUGUAGCGUUUCUCUUUCGUGUGUGUGUGUGUUUUUUUUUUUUUUUUUUUUUUUUUUUUUUUCUCUCUCUCUCCUCCUUCGACAUCGUCUUCCAGGUUUGUGAGUCCAAGUGGAUUGUGAGUUAGGCUUCGGCUGUGACAACGCGCUUGGAGCGGAGAAACUCUGCCGGUUGCGCAUGUGCAUGGUGCCUCUGUUCGCGUUUAGGUUUUCACUUUUUGGUCUCUGUAGGCUCAGAUUUGUGGAUAUGGCCCUGCAUCUUGUGUAAGAAUCUGUUUGCCAACCGUCAUCCUGCGUCGUUUGGUUUUCGUUUCGUUAUCCAGCCUAUUCAUAGAUAGCCCCAGAGUGAGAGUGAGUGAGUGUGUGUGCGUUUGUCCGUGUGUUUGUGUGUGUAUUUUGCACAUUAGACGGUUGAGCGUCUUUUGAACACGGGGAAGGAAUUUUAGGAUUCCUUGGCUGGGACAAGUACUUUUGCUCAUGGUUUGAAUCAUUGGAUCGUGGUGACUUCAACACAUUUGGAAUUCUUGAUUUUGUGGUGGAGGGUUGUUGUACUGCCGGAGCGAGCUGAGAAGGGAUAGCAUUGGCGGGAUCUUUAUUUUGCAAGCCACUUCAAGUUUAUCGGUAGCUGAACGUGUUUGCUGCUAGUGAAGUGAACAUUUUCUUCAUAUCCAACUGGCACAUUCAGUAGAAGAGGGUGACUUCUUAGAUGCCGCCAUUUAGAGGUAGAAAUGAUAAGAAUGUCGGAAGCCGCAAUCAGGUGAGUUGAGUGGAUGGAGCAUGAUAGCAUACCUGAGGGUGCGAACAGAGGAAGAGCUAAUCGGCGAGGUGGUGUGAAUCAAGAAGGCUAUGGUGGACGUAAGAAUCGAGCCAGAUAGGGAAGGGGGUUGGGCUUGUCAAAAUCUUGUAGGGGUUUCAAGGACGGACAUAGUUGAUUGAAGCUGUUUUGAUCGAGGAUGGCUACUAAAGUUGAGGUUCCUGAGGGCACAUGCCCGCCUGGUAAACAUCACUACAUGCUGUGGCGAAGCGUAUUCGAGAUUGAUACGAAGUAUGCCCCUAUCAAGCCGAUUGGAAAAGGGGCUUACGGAGUGGUUUGCUCCGCAAAGAAUAACGAAACAGGGGAUCGAGUGGCUAUCAAGAAGAUUACAAAUGCAUUUGAGAAUACCACAGACGCCCGGCGGACAUUGCGCGAAAUUCGUCUGCUGCGUCAUUUGUUUCACGAGAACAUAAUUGCCGUGAAGGAUAUCAUGAAGCCAGUUGGUCGUCAAACUUUCAACGAUGUGUAUAUUGUGUAUGAGCUCAUGGACACCGACCUUCAUCAAAUUAUACGGUCUUCACAGACCCUUACAGAUGACCAUUGCCAGUACUUUAUUUAUCAGUUGUUGCGCGGUCUUAAAUACGUUCAUUCUGCCAAUGUUCUACACCGCGAUCUGAAGCCAAGUAAUCUGCUACUCAAUGCAAGCUGCGACUUGAAGAUUUGCGACUUCGGAUUGGCGCGGACAGGGAGUGACAAAGGCCAAUUCAUGACCGAGUACGUCGUGACAAGGUGGUACAGAGCCCCGGAGCUUCUCCUGUCGUGCGAUGAGUAUACGAGCGCUAUAGACAUGUGGUCAGUUGGCUGCAUAUUUGCGGAGCUUUUAGGGCGGAAACCUUUAUUUCCAGGCAAGGAUUAUAUCCAUCAGCUCAAGCUGAUAAUAAGCAUCAUCGGAUCUCCGGACGAGACCGAUCUGCAUUUCAUCCAAAGCCAGAAGGCGAGGAGCUACAUCCGAUCCCUUCCGUUCACGCCUCGCGUCUCUCUUGCUCGUCUCUAUCCUCGCGCAAAUCCCUUGGCCAUCCAGUUGAUAGAUAAGAUGCUUGUGUUUGAUCCAAGGAAGCGGAUCACUGUGCACGAAGCCCUGGAGCACCCUUACUUGUCGAUGUUACAUGACGCCACUGUGGAGCCCUCUGCUCCGGCCCCUUUCGAAUUCGACUUCGAGGAUGAAGACCUUAAGGAGGAUGCACUGCGAGAGAGGGUUUGGAACGAAAUGUUGUUCUACCACCCUGAAGCGGCCGCCGAGACGUGAUUCCUCACAUACCUAGUUGAGGACCUUCUUUUUCUUUUCUCUUUUUCUGCUUCUUCUUCUUCUUCUUCUUCUUCUUCCUCUUCUUUGGUUUGCUGCUUCUUUAUCUCCUAACCUUUGAACGUCACAAUAACCUAUCCCUGUGUAGCAAGCGGCACAACCUAGUUGCACUCUAGAUAGCAGCGUUCAAAACAUUUCACGGCGAGAUUUGGUUGAUGUUCCAAGGGUCAAUGGAUUGUGACCAUGCCCUGCCAAAAACGGUGUAUUCUCCUUUUUUUCCUUGAGUACAGUAACGGGUGAAACAGUCAGAGAGGCUCAGCAACUGCUUCCAGUCCAGCUUGGCGAGAGUAUCAACAGGGCCACGCACUUCAAGCGGCGGUUUUGUGUGCAAUCCAGGGUUUACUUAGUUGGUCACUGUAGCAGCCGCAACCUCAGCCACAGCUAUCAUGUGUACAUAUGACCUUUUUACCAAUACUACGUUUUUCGGACUUCAGCCUU